AUGCGAGCUAAGUGCAACAUCCUAGCUUUUAUGACUAAUGAGUUACAGAAGCAACAUGAGAAGAUACAAUCUAUAUCUAAAAUCCUGGAUCACCUACAAGAGUUGUAUGGUAAGCAUACCAAGAAUGUUAGAUAUGAGAUAUCUAAGCAGCCAUUCAGAAUGAAAAUGAAUGAAUGGAUAGAUGUGGGAACCCUUUUGCGUAAGAUGAUCAGGCUCAUUGAACAACUUGAGGCACUUAAUUUUACCAUGGAUUUCACAUUACAAACAGAUUUGAUCUUGCAAUCCCUUACACAGUCAUUUGGAUCUUUUAUCACAAAUUUCCAUAUAACCAAGCAAGAAUGCACUUUGGAUGGUCUGUUAAUUCUGCUUGUUAUUGCAUAUGAUAAUAUGUCUAGCAAUAAAGGGAAAGAAGUUGCUUUAAUUGCUUCUUCUUCUAGAAAGUCUAAGAAGAAGAAAAGCAAUAAAGGGAAGAAGACUUUUACCCCUGGUCCUUUUGGUAUAAUUGCUAAAAAUCAAUCCCAAAAGAAAAUGAAAGUUGAAGCUGUUAUAGACAAAGGAAAAUUUUAUCUACAGAUAGCAAGCAGUGAAAGCUUGGAAGCACGGAUGUUAGACUUCGUAUUGGUUGAGCAUCUUUUACAGGUGAAGGCUCCUUAG